AUCCCCACUCCCCCUCACUCGACCGAAUGGCGUGCGGCGAGAGGUUGUGCGGGCUUGAGUGUCGUGUCGUGUUUCUCGCGUCCUCGAGUAGUUGGCAAUAAUACUUUUCCUUUGAGACAUGAAUGGAACUAUUUGUCGCCAACCUUCCAAGUUAUAACACCCCAUGUGACAUUAAAACUUUCCGCGAAAAUGUGCUACCAAUAAAGUGUUGUUUGUUUUUGUGAAGUGCCCGAAAAAGUCAAAUUUACACCCGGAUACCGUCAAGAUGGGUUCGAAAAUCGAGUACGUGGAUUCGUCACAUUUAUACGCGACCAACUAUGUCCGUAAUUCGAAAGCUAUCGGAGUGCUCUGGGCGAUAUUUACGAUUUGCUACGCGAUCAUAAGCGUUGUCGCGUUCGUGACACCUGAAUGGAUUGGUGAUUUAGAGACUGAGUAUCCAAGGAAGUUCGGUUUGUGGCAAGUUUGCAAGUCUGAUGAAGCUAUUGAGGACUGUAAAGGAAGACUCGAUGAGUUUUUCUCGAUAAAUGGACUGGUGUUUAAGAUUGCGACUGUGUUAGUGGGCAUAGCGGUCGCAUUGGCCUUGUUUACGAUCUGUGCGAUGCUGUUAUUCUUCUUUUGUCAAUCGACGACGGUGUUCCAUAUCUGUGGAUGGUUGCAGCUUUUAUCUGCGGUGUGCAUGGUAGCCGGGGUAGCAGUCUACCCCGCGGCGUGGAACGAGACGUCCGUCCAAGAGACCUGCGGGCCCACUGCAGAUCAGUAUAACAUAGGGCGCUGCCACGUGCGCUGGGCGUAUAUCCUGGCCAUCAUUGGCUGCUUAGACGGCGUGGUGCUGGCGGCGUUGGCCUUCAUCCUGGCCACCAGGCACGUGAGGCUCCAGCCUGACAGCGGGUACCCGCCGCCUUCGCUUUACAAAGGCGAAGUUAACAACGCUUACGUGACCGACGCGACAUCUGUGUCGGGUUCUCGCAAGUCUCUCGCCCUGCAGCCCGUUCUGAUAAUGCAUCCCCACGCGCCUAUGGAUAUGGACACUUAUUCCCACUACUCUGGCAGAACGGCCAGAUCCAAACACGGGAUUUAUGCAAACACUAUGCAUAACUAUCAGUUGUAGAAUUUUUUGUUUCACUGAAAAUAAACUAAGAAGACAGUUCGACUACUCCCCGUUAGAUGGCGCUCAUCGUUUCAAAGUACAUAUGUUACAGGUAGAAGAGACUUCUACUAUUCUCUGCUAGAUGGCGCUGAGCAAAAUUAUUUGUGAAUGAAGUACAUCAGAUAAAACUAGAUGGCGUUUUUAAGGAUUCUCAAAUGUCUUACAGAUGAUGUUUGUU